UCCACAUUUUCCCUCUUCCCCGGGGGCAAUUCUCAGCACGUGGUCCCCCUGCCCUUCUUCCUGGAAUAAAAAAUAUCUUUGCGUUUUUAUUCAUCGAGGCAAAAAUACUCGAUAAGGUAACGGGAAAUAAACACAACUGGAGGAAGGAGAAGGAGUAGAAACGGUGGUGGUGGAUAACGCAAGGCGAAAAGCCUCAGUCCUAAACAUUCUUCUCACUUUCACUUCACUCAUCUCGGUGGGCUCAAUGCCUCCGCGGAUCUUUCGAUUAUAGUCGCCUUCAUUCUCACAUGAUACAAUGACAUUAAACCGUGUCACGUGGCUGUUCGCGAUCAUCUGUACUGUCUGGGGACGAGGGGAUUCUGAUUCACCAGCCCCCGACGUGUUCUCCUGCCGAGGAAGGGGCACAGGAUUUUACGCCGACAUCGACUCCAACUGCGAAGUGUACCACACCUGCGACAAUCAUGGCAAUAAAUUCACGUACUACUGCCCAAAAGAGACAAAGUUCUGCCAAGAGACUCUUGUCUGCGACCACGCGCACCUGGUAAACUGUCAGAAGGCGGAAAAAUUAAUUUCCCAAGUUCCUCAAGGAGAUAAAAAUGACAAAGUGUCGGGUUUCGGUGGUUCCAGCACACUUUCCCGGUCCUUCCGAAUAUCUCCGGAGCCCUCGGUGUUCCUCCAGGCGCCCACCGAGGACUCCAAGAAGUCGACGACAUUCACGAUGAGUUCAACGGUUUUUCUACGAAGCUCGAUUACGAAAAAGGGCGAUAAAAGUCGGCCCAAUUUUGUCCCGACGAGUGAACCAUCUGUUCAGUUCAAAUCUCGAGAUGCGAAUGAGUUUGUGCGCGAGGAAAAGCCCAGAAAUCUGAGGUUCGAGGGGAAGACGACGAGCACGACGAAACCGUUUUUCCCACAAAAGAGUAAUUAUCCUCAAGGCGAGGCUGCGAGGUCCAUUCAUAAUCCAGUGGAUGGAGUUCAUCGCACGGUAGCUGGUGCAAUCACGAGUACAGCAAGAACAACUGCUGGAACCGAGUUUCCCAUUCCCUCUCUUAAUAUUGAACCGUCCGGAUUUAAUGGGAACGAGGAGGAUCCUUACUAUCCAAAAAGCACUAGUACGGAAAUUUAUUAUCCCCUGGAGAGAGAAAAAGUCAAGCCACUGGGAUUUUUAGCAACCGAGAGACCUUUUGCGAAUAGCGCUCGCAUUAAAAUUCCAGAUGUUCUGCCCGAUUUGAAUAGUAUCGAUGAUCUUGUCGAUAGGAGGAAAAUUCUGUAUAUUCCCAGGACGAAGGGACUUUGA